UGAUAAAUGGAGUAGUGUUUGAUUGUUCCUCAAUGAACCCACUUUUCAACCAGAUAAUAUUAGGCUACAUUUCAGAUUAUAGGAUGAUUUAACUAUUUCCUUCUAGGCAGCAGAAAACUCUCUCUGAGCCAUCAUGUGGAGGCAAUUGGCCUAUGAGAUGGUGUAAUUGGCCAUGUUGAUGGCCAGGUCAGAAUACAAUUUGUACAUAGAAGCAUUCCUUGACAUGGCAUAUAAGAUCAAAAUAACUUUCAGAUGAAGUAUGCCACCAAUAUUUAAAAGCACUACAUGACAUGAUACUCAAUUUAGUCGUCGAUAAGAGGUAGGUGAAAUCUCCUAGUGUUGACACUAGAGAUUUAGAUUUGAUUUUCACCUUCAUCCAAUAAACUUGAUUCAGGUAUUUUCUCUCACAAACUUAGAUUCCCAUGUUCUAAAUUUAUGUCCAUAUUAAUUUGAAUAAUUUUUUUUGGUACAAAUUUUGAAUAAAAAUUUUCAUAGUUGAAAAACUUCUACAAAUAUCAUUAAUUAAGGAUCUAACUGAAAGAACUUCACCUCCCAAGCAAUGAAGUAAAAAACUAUAUGAUCAUGAUGCAUCAUAAUACUUGGACAAUUUGUUUAAUAGAAUUUUUUUUUGGAGCGAAUUUAGAAUAAUGCCAAUAUCCACAAAGUAAACAAUACCGACCAAGCUAUAUUUAUAAAUCAAUCAACAUUGUUACAACGCCAAAUAAAUCAAUCCACACAUCUAGAGCACAUAAUUACCUCUCUUUUUAUGUAUAUCGUGUGACGAUACAAUUUACACAAGAAUACGACAUAAUCUAUUUAUGUGCUCCCUUUUCUAUAUAGAACAAAGAUAUGAUACCUCAUGGAUGAUUCCACAUAGCAAACAUGCAGGAUUUCCAAUCACUAAAAAUUUAAUUAUGAUUUUUUUUUAAAAAAUUUUAGAGCUAUACGCUGUUCAAAAGUCCCAUAAAGAAGAAAACAGAGAGCCUACCUCUCACCAAGAGCCUCUUUUGUUGUUUCACCGUUGUAUGCAUCGUUCCCCGUCUUACACAGCCUUCUUCCCCACCUUUCCCUCUCUCUCUUUCUCUCUUUCCGAUGAUCCGCGUCGGCAGUGGGGCCUCUGGCAACUACGGCCCGCCGGCUGCGGCGGCGGCGCCUGCCGCCUUGUCUUCCUCCACCCUCUCGCCGCUCGCCCCGCCUUUCACCGUCGCCUCGACGAUCAACCUCUCCCCUGCGCACCCACCUCCGCCCGCCCACCAACUCCCCUCCUCCCAGCCCUUUCUGGGCUUCCCUGGAAACCCCUCCGAGUGGGCCCCUGCCGCCGACGCCGCCGCCGCCUCUUCGUCCUCUCGUCUGUCUUCCCCCACCGCCGUCUCCUACCUCUCCUCCCCGAGCACCGGCGUCAUCAAGAACUCCUAUUACACCCGAUACCCUCCCAGCAUGCCGAGUUCCGGCUUUGAUCCCGUCGAGCCCCCACCGGAAUACAAGGGUUAUGCGGGGGUUGGGGUGGGCCCGUGGAACGGGCCGUUCGAUGGAAGGGAUGUCGGGCUGGGGAAGGUUCUUGAUGGGGUUUCUUCGUGGAUGGAUCCUUCCUCGGGCUAUAGGGUCCCGUCUCUUCAGAAAGCAAGAAAAGUAUGCUUUGGAUCAGAAACCUCUGAAUGGCUUCCUAGGAAGCAGUCAACAAUUUAUGAUGAAAGUACAGCGUACCCUUAUAAUUUUUCUGGGUCAUCAGUUUUGGCUCCAAGUGCAUUACUUCAAGGAAUGUCUUAUUCUCAGAUACCAGAUUCAACUUCUGUGGAGUCAUGCAAUACCUUUAUUUCAAGUUCUUCUUAUGAUAGAUAUAUGGCACAACUUGAUUCAUUUUUGACUACUCCCAUGUCUUACUAUCAAGCUACGACAUGUUCUACCUCAGGCCAAGCAUAUGCACCUUCAUCCUUAACAAUUAGUUCAACCUUGGAUUGUAAAAAUAGAUAUUCAACGGCUCAUCAGGCGGUUCCACAUAAGAUGAUUGACACGGGCAAUGUAGCAUCCAAGCAAAAGGGGCCAAAUAUCGAUCAGUUUAUUAGAGGUAAAAUGGGUCAGAAUGAGAAGACCAGAGCAGAUUACAGUGCAAAUAAGAGUACUGUUACGACUGCAAACUAUGAAAAACAAUUGCCUUCUGACAACAAUUUAUCUACUGAAAAUUUUAUGGAUUAUUCUGCCGAGGGAGAUUCUGGGUUGAAAAUCAAACAGUUGAAAAUUUCUGAUGCUUCAAACUCUGCAUAUCAUUCUGCAGAACCUGAAGAUUCCAUGCAAAGUUCUUCAGAAACACUUGAUGAGGUCUAUCUUGCUGUGGAUUCACCAUGUUGGAAAGGAACUCCAGCCUCUCAACAGUCACCAUUUAGAGAUGGAAAAUCAGUAUGUCUUCAGCCUGUAAAUAAGGAAUUAAAAGAUCACACUGAUUUGGAUAAAGGUCAAAAGCAUCUUCCUGACAGUGUUGCAUAUUCAGGAACAGCUGAACAAGUUGGAAAUUUGAUUUGUGGUGAGAACAGAAAAAAAUCUUCUGUUUCUGUGGUAGAGGUAUCUUCUUCGGUUAUUUUGUCAAACAUGCAGCAGAGAUCUGAAAAUGACUAUAAGAUAGGGUCAGAUUAUGAAAAGGAUGCCAAUAGAAGGGAUCUUCAAUGUGCAGAUAACCAUAGAGAACAGACAAAUGUAGUUAGGAAAGACCAGGAAAUUGAUUCUGAAGCAAAAGAUGGUGGUGCAACACAAUGCAAUCAAAAGGAAAGUAUUGCUGUUCACCAUUUCACAUCAGCUAAUGGAAAUGUCAAUCUUGAUAAAGGUUCAUCUUCAUCGCAAUUGAAAAACAUACAUCUUCUUAUUAGGGCCUUGCAUUCUUCCUCGAAGCUUCUCUUAUCUACUGACUGGAGUGAUGACAGUGAAUUGGAAGAAGAUGACUGCAGGCUCCUCCAGCUAGCAAUUCAAAAUCUCGAAGCAUUUGUGUUGAGGAACAAAAUGGGUUCUGUUGAGGGCAGUUCUCGGGUUUCUAGGCUAGAGGCUGCUUGUUCUCAGAAUACAGGUCUAAAGACUGAUGUUAUAUGCCAGAGCAACAUGAACAAGAUGGGCGAGAUGAAAGCUAACAUGCAUUGGGUUGGGGGUAGUAUGGAGACCGGUGAGUUUCAGCACUUCAUUUCCCAAGGUUGUGACAUAAAUUUGAGGAAAGUCAAUGGGAUGAUGCAGGACCUAGGGAAUGUUCUAGAGAAAACUUUCUCUGAGGGGGACGACAACUCACAGAUGCUGUUAUAUAAGAAUCUGUGGAUUGAGGCAGAAGUUGCAAUGUGUAGACUGAAAUAUGAGCUUCAGCUUGCUCGCAUGAAGAUUGAGGUGGACAGCCGUAAGUGCCAGGCAAAAGGUAAGCCCUGCCAAGUGACUCUAUCACGAAGCCCAAGCACCUUGCAUGGUGUUGAUGGACAUUACACGCCACUGAAGGCCAAGGAGAGCUCGUUUUGUGUUACAUCUCCCCUCUCGGGUGAUGAAGAUAAGAAAAGUUCCAGAAAACCUCAAAAAGCACUUCCUAUGCUUUCAACAAGUGAGGACACAUCAGAGGAUUUUGAAGCAUCUGUAAUGACUCAAACAAGAGCUCUUAAGCAACAGACUGAUAUUUGGAAUUCUGGGAACUUUGAAGAACAGCUGAAGCUUUUUGCCUUGUUGGAUUUUGGAGUUUGCUCAGGAACCAAAGAGACUCUGCGCAGUCCUUGUUCUGAUAGUGAAGAUAAUUUGGGGUUGAAGCACCUAUCCACAACACUUGCUGAUUUAGGUUUCACAGAGAGUCCAUCAUAUCUGAAAGAUGGACCUAGAAGUUCAGGUUCAGUUGUGAAGAGAGAGCAUUCUGACGCAAACAAGAAUGAAGAAAUUGGACUGGCUUCAAGUAUUUCUGGAAAUGCAGCGUUCAGAGGAUUCUGUUUGAACUCUUUUGGUGGAAAGAUGAUUCAGCCAUCUAUAACAAACAAGCAGGGGAUGUGGUUUCUCACGGGUGGAUAUGAUAGCCCCCCAUCUGAAUGGGAGCAUGUGCUGAAGGAGGAAUUUUUGUAGCUCCAGAGCAGUCUCCACUCUAGUUUUUGGACUUAGCUGAGGACUUGAAAAACUUGUAAAUACAAACAAUGCAUUUUGAUGAUUUUAUAUGGAAUUGUUUCGAGCAUGUAUAGUGAAACUGCAGUAUUCGUUGGUGUUUUUUCGAAUGAAACAGUAUUACACAUUGUAAGAAGCAAAGUGUUGAACAUAUGAACGUUUGCUAAAUGGACUGCUUUUUUGAAAGAUGACUGCA